AUGGCACUAGGCCCCUCUCCGUUGGAGAACCACACCUCUUCGACGUCACGAACUUCGGGGGCUCACACCGUGCAUACGCCCAGAACACCUGAACAGACUCCCCAGUUUCGUGAUGAGCGAGUCACUCCCGAGAAAUAUCCUCAGAGCAUCCGCCAUAUCUACAAGAACUAUGGUAGAUACCUCAAGUCCGGCGUCAUGGCUCAUGAUGCCUUCUACGCUUUACACGAGCUGUUUGAGUUCUCAGCGGCGUCCAUCGACCAGCUACUCGAGCUCCUAGAGGACACCAUUCGGGGGGUACCCCAUCAGGCAGACGCCGCAAGGCUGUCGGAGCUUCUAAUCCUCAAGGCCAACCUAGAUGGCUAUCGCAGCUACGUUCGCGACACAUUCAGGACGGUCCAGGCGCGAGGCAAUCCCAAGUGGCCCCGAGCCGUCGAUCCCAGGCACCGUUUGAAGGCAGACCAGGCAGCUAUUCAACUCGAGGCCAGAUACGAGCAUCUAUUAGCACGUUGCGACCGCCUUUCGGAACACGCCUCCGGCAACAUCAACAUCUUGAUGAGUUUAGGCAGCCAGGAACAGACCGCCAAGACGGUGCAACAAACUGAUAGACUCGGCAAGUUGAGCUUCCUGGCGUACUUCUACGUUCCGAUCUCGUUUGCCGCCUCCUUUUUUAGCAUGGGGUUUCUAUACAACUCGACGCCCGAAAAAGUUCAGCCUUGGAUGCAGCCCACAGGGGGCAUCCCGGCGGCUGCUAUAAUGUGUGCAGCCAGCGACAACACUCAUGGCGUCUCAGAGGGAUCCUGGCUUGUCAUGGAGAAUGCCCCGAAAGGACUACGAGGUGGGAACUGA